AUGGCAGACAACUCUCAGAGUCUCAGUUACCAAGCUGGCGAGGGCAAGGGCCAGGCUCAGGUUAAGAAGGACGAUCUGAUGGACAAGGCAUCAAAUAUUGCUCAAUCUGCAAAGGAAUCAUGCCAAGAGGCUGGUGAGCAAAUAAAGGCCAUGACACAAGGGGCCGUUGAUGCUGUUAAGGAUGCAACCGGAAUGAACAAAUGA